AUGGCAAACCCUAGAGUCUACUUCGACAUGGCAGUCGGCGGCGCACCAGCCGGCCGGAUCGUGAUGGAGCUGUUCGCCGACACAACUCCCCGAACCGCAGAGAACUUCAGAGCUCUUUGCACUGGAGAGAAAGGUAAAGGCCGAAGCGGCAAGCCUUUACACUACAAAGGCUCGUCUUUUCAUCGAGUAAUCCCCGGAUUCAUGUGCCAAGGAGGGGAUUUUACCGCAGGGAACGGAACCGGAGGAGAAUCAAUCUAUGGAGCCAAAUUUGCUGAUGAGAAUUUCAUAAAGAAACAUACUGGGCCUGGGAUCUUAUCUAUGGCUAAUGCUGGGCCUGGAACUAAUGGGUCUCAGUUUUUUAUCUGUACAGAUAAGACUUCAUGGCUUGAUGGGAAACAUGUAGUGUUUGGAAGAGUUGUGGAGGGUAUGGAAGUUGUUAAAGCUAUAGAGAAGGUUGGGUCUUCUUCUGGAAGUACCUCCAAACCUGUUGUUAUUGCCGAUUGUGGUCAGCUUUGUUGA